CAGCUUGGGUCGCAGCGGCGGUAUAUUCCAAGUUGCAACUCACGAAGGGUAAGGCGGACUGGACUUUGUGGUCUUGGACUUGUACACACAAGGAUCUCUCGAAUGGGAAAAUGUCGUAUAAGAAGAUGUGCAUUGAGAUGCAGUACUCCUUCUAUGCGUCUGCUGUCGUCGCUGGUCUGGAGAUCACCAGUCUGGUUAUCUUUGGGUGGAUUUUGAUCAAGACUCGCAAGGGUGCAGGGUACUCUCAAAUUGAGGCGUCGAAGAUCUAGGAUAUCAGUGGACCGUUUUCUCGCGGCUUUUCUAGCAGUUCACGAAAUCUUGAACAACGAGCAAAUCUAACAAACCAUGAAUGAUGCAGAAGUUGUUGCUGAUUUACCAAAGCUGGCUUGCCUCAUUAUUGAUGCAACAAUGACUGGUGUUGAUUUUCCUUAAAGGUUAGGGACACUCUCUCGGGAGCACAAUGUGCCUCAUGAAAUACCAUGAUUCCAGGUGCAUUUUUUUUGAUACAGUGCUCUUCAACUCACCAUUCGUUGUCUGCCUCGCGUUCCCUUCGGACAGACGGCGACAACGAGGAGCAUUGUCAAACCAAGAUUGAGC